AACAUUCAUUUUCUAAUCCCCAUCCUCUCCUCCACAUAACGAUGCCGUAUUGCGACGUCGGAACGCUGCCAUCCUCCCCCGUCGCCGACUCGCAGCUCAACAAUGACAUCAAAAUAUUCUACAGAACUUACGGUGGCGGUCCGACCAAAGUGCUCCUCAUCAUAGGGUUGGCUGCGACGCACGACGCGUGGGGCCCACAGAUCAAAGCACUGACAGGAACCACCGUCCCGAACGACGACGACGACGUCGUUUGGAACGGUGAAGAAGGCAAUGGCGGCAUCCAUGUAUGCGCGUUUGACAAUCGCGGGGUGGGUCGCAGCUCCGUGCCUGUGGAAAAAUCUGAAUACUCAACCAAGAUCAUGGCGAAGGAUGCAAUUGCUUUGUUAGAUCAUCUGGGUUGGAAAAAAGCCCAUAUUUUUGGGCACUCCAUGGGAGCUAUGAUAGCUAAUAAAGUAGCAGCUAUGUUUCCUGAUAGAGUAGUUUCCUUGGCGUUGCUCAAUGUGACAGGAGGAGGUUUUCAAUGCUUUCCAAAGUUGGACCGACAAACGUUCUCUGUUGCUUAUCGUUUCGUGAAAGCUAAGACUCCUGAACAAAGGGCUGCUGUUGACUUGGACACCCAUUAUUCACAAGAGUAUCUUGAGGAAUAUGUUGGAACAGAUAAGAGGAGAGCCAUCUUAUAUCAGAGCCACUUUCUUGGUCUUGCCGGGGUGUGGAGUAUGGUGAAUACACGAAUGGAAUCCAGACUGGAUGUAGUGGAAAUGAUGUUGCAGGAAUUUUUGCAAGAUAAGGCCCACCAGGAAAAUCAGACUCAUGAGUGCUUCAAGCGAUUGGAGGACAUGAUUCGAGGCUUAACCGGGGUGGUCGAAACAUGGUCUUGUAGCCCUACCAAGGGUGAACCUCCUUCAGUGUCACAUAUUGGUCAUGGGUCACGUUGGGAGCAAGAGACAAGUCUCAAUUUGUCUUCUUCCAAAUGGAGGAAUUGGACAUUCUAGUAUUUGUAGGGGCAGAGGCAUAUGGAUGGACUCAUCAUCUUGAACGUUAUUUUCGGUUGAAGGAAGUAAGUGCGGAGGAGUGAAUGCAGGCUGUCAUUGUUGCUUUGGAAAGAAAGGCCUUAAAUUGGUUUCAGUGGUGGGAAUCCUAUAAUCCAAAUCCCACACGGGAAGCCUUCAAGGUGGUCGUUGUCCACUGGUUUCAACCAACGAUGCUUCAAAAUCCUUUUGAAAUUCUGAUUGGUUUGUGUCAAUCGGGUUUAGUGGAAGAUUAUAUUGAGCAAUU